ACAGCUGGCUAUACCAUGAAAGCUUUCGCCUAUGUUUUUGUGGCCCUUUUGGCCUGCGUCGCGGCCUACGAAGUGGAGCUCUUGAGCGAGCAGGAAUGGGACCGUCUGGUCGAGCGCAAUCCUGCGCAGCCCGACACCCAGGGCCUGAUUCUGAACGGAUCGGUCAAGAAGGCCAUCAAGGGGCUGCUCAACCAGAUGCCCUGCGGCUGGCCCGAGUACGGUAUCCCCCCACUGGCCCCCUACACCAAUGCCAAUCUGGAGAUCCAUCUGGCCGAGUCCGUUGUUGACACGCUGCUGCAGUUCCUGCGCUUCCGCUUCGAUGGCUUGGACGACAUGGAGAUCAAGAAGCUGAAGGUCAGCUACACCUUCAGCAAGAAGGUGCAGUUUCACUUCAACUUCAAGCAGCUGAAGGCCAGCGCCCACUUCCUGAACACCGACACCUUCGUGGACAUGCUCCGGCAGCUGGGUCUAAGCGUGCGCUACGAGAGCACCGGCCCCAUGUCCUUCGCGCUGGAGAACCUGUCCAUCCAGGGCCAGUUCAAGUACAAGAUGCCCUUCCUGUUCGGCUCCAUCAAGAUCUCCAAGUUCCAGUGCACCGUCGGACUGGGCGGCGUGUCUUCCAACAUCGGCGGCGUCAUGGGCAACGGCAGGAUCAACGAGUUCAUCAACGACAUGAUCGACUACGAGGUGCCCGCGUUCAUCAACGGCCAGCAGGAGGCCAUCAGCAAGCAGAUCGAGGAGGUCUUUGUGCCCAUUAUUAACCAGAAGCUGAAGGGCCACAAGAUCUGGUAUCUGCUCUCGAUGCUGUCCAUGGUCUCCGGCAGCUGCAGCCCCACUCCGGCCCCCUGGCUGGCCGUGGAGUCGAGGCGGACAGUCUGAAGAGCAAGCACCAGCAAAUAAAAAGCAAUUCAACCUCCUA